GCCUCAGGAACACUGGGUUGUAGCUGACCGUGCCUCGGGAACCUGGGCUGUAGCUGGUAGUGCCUCGGGAACGGAUCUGUAGCUGACAGUACCCUGACCUCUGGGCUGUGACUGGCAGCGUCUGGGGAUCCUGAGGUGUAGCUGGCAGUGCCCUGGGCUGUAGCUGUCAAUACUCUGAAGAGGACAGGCCAUGUGGUACUUUUGCAAAUGCCAGGCUUGUGAACUGUCUCUCUUGUCCUGAGAAUUUAUUUUAAAGGCACAGAUAUUCUGUCUCCUUUUAAAUCAUACUUCAUACAUUUUAUUUUCAUACUUAAAAUUAUGUACUGUUGAGAUUUUUACUCAGAUGUACCUUAACUUUCAUUCUUAAAGUAAUAUUCUGUAGAAGGGAAUGACUUGAAAGAGUGUCUAAUGAUAUGAUAUGAAUGAUAUGAUUAAUUCUGUGGCUGUUUAAAUUGAUUGAACUUUGCAGUUAUUUACAUGUAGGAGAGAGUAUGAUAUCUGGAAUGAUCCGAGAUUCUUGCUUGGGUAACUGAGUAGGUGGUGGAGUUUCUCACGGAUGUAUGGGUGUGGCGACUAUGGGUAGAGUGUAUAGAUCAGAGGGAAAGUGAACCUGGACCUGCACGGAACACCCACACCUCAGAAGUGGUAAGAGCCAGAGGCCUGAAAGUUAUGGAACCAUAAAAUGUGACGUCAGAUAUCCUGUCAUCCUCAGCCACUGAUGAUUCUGGAAGAUUAAGGCAGCUAAGAAGCCCCUUCUGAGGUUCUAACCAAGCUCUUCAGCCAUCAACCACAUUAUGGACGUGAAGCUGGACCCCUCCCGAGAUGACCUGCCUCUCAUGGCCAACACCAGUGACAUACUUGUGAAGCACUAUGUUCUUGAUUUAGAUAUAGAUUUUGAAAGACAAAUCAUUGGGGGCACCAUAGUGCUUUUCUUUGAGUCAGAAAACAGAUUCAAGAAGCAGAGUAGUUCAGAGUCAGAAGAAACCUUCAAAUUUAAGAGUCCUGAACCUUCUCCUAGUCCUGUGACAAAUACAACGACCCUCUUAUCUGAAACCGAAUGUAAUGAUUUUGCAUUCUCUGGUAAAAGUGAAAAAGAUACUUCUGAAAGAGAUGGUAACCAUGACAACCAGGAACAGACUUCUAGGACGAGUAGCUCAAAGCACUGUUGUGACACAGGGAAUCAUGGGAGUGAAGAUUUUUUGCUACUGUUGGACUGCUGUGAUUUAUCUGUGUUAAAGGUUGAGGAGGUGGAUGUUGCUGCUGUGCCAGGCAUUGAAAAAUUUAUAAGUUCUCACAAGCUCCCAAUUGAUUCCAAGGAAUUUAGGAAUCAGGUUGUGCAUGAACUUGUGUCUCUGCCUGCAGCUCAUUGGAGGGAGCAGUUAGACUAUUUUGCCCGCUGCAGCCAGGCUCCUGGCUGUGGGGAACUCCUAUUUGACACUGAUGCUUGGAGCUUACAGAUCAGGAAGACAGGGGCUCAGACAGCCACUGACUUCCCUCAUGCCAUAAGGAUACAGUACAGAACCAAGUCCCAUGGGCAGUCAGUGACGUGGACCUCAGAUCAGAGUGGCAGGCCAUGUGUUUAUACUGUGGGAUCUCCCAUAAACAACAGGGCCCUUUUUCCGUGCCAGGAGCCACCCGUUGCCAUGUCAACAUGGCAGGCUACAGUUCGAGCAGCUGCAUCUUUUGUUAUUUUAAUGAGUGGGGAAAAUUCAGCUAAGCCAACACAGCUUCAGGAAGGGUGUUCGAGCUGGCAUUACUAUGUCACCAUGCCCAUGCCAGCCUCCACCUUUACGAUUGCAGCUGGAACCUGGGCAGAAGUGGAGCCAGAGGCCUGCCCUUCAGAUGAUCCGUCGGCAAAAAGAACGUCCCCACCUUCAGAAGCUGCAUUCAGGUGCACGGACACUUGUGCUCAUGCGGACUACCCCUGCCGCUUCCAGAGCGCGCCAGCUGCCGCCGAGGAGAUCAUUCCAUACCGGCUCUUCGCCCCGGCGCACCUCAAGGGAGCCUGCCAGAAGACCCUCCUGCCGCUCAUCCCUCUCUGCUUGUCGUCGGCACACUCUGUCCUGGGGACACACCCCUUCUCCAGGCUGGACGUGCUCAUUGUCCCCGCCAACUUUCCAAGUCUGGGCAUGGCCAGCCCACACAUCAUCUUCCUCUCCCAGAGCACCUUGACUGGAGCCAGCCAGCUCUGCGGGACACGCCUCUGCCAUGAAAUCGCCCACGCCUGGUUCGGCCUGGCCAUCGGGGCCCGAGACUGGACUGAGGAAUGGCUGAGCGAGGGGUUCGCCACUCACCUGGAAGACGUGUUCUGGGCCCGAGCGCAGCAGCUGGCCCCCCACGAGGCCCGCGAGCAGCAGGAGCUGAAGGCCUGUCUGCGCUGGCGGCGUCUGCAGGACGAGGUGCGCAAUUCCUCCGAGGAGCUGCAGGUGCUCAGACCCAAUAAAGAGAAAACGGGCCAUGUAAAUGACUCUGGGUCAUCUGUCGUCAAAUACGGGCUCAAUCCAGAGAAGGUCUUCAUGCAGGUUCAUUACUUGAAGGGCUACUUCCUUCUCCGAUUCCUUACCAGAAGACUUGGAGAUGCCGCUUAUUUUACAGUUUUAAGAAAAUUUGUGCACACGUUUCAUGGGCAGUUGAUUCUUUCCCAGGAUUUCCUUCAAAUGAUGUUGGAGAACAUCCCUGAAGAAAAAAGAUUGGAGCUGUCUGUGGCGAGCAUCUUCAAGGACUGGCUUGAGAGUCCUGGGAUUCCGCAGCCGCUGCUCGCCGAGCGCCGGGCCCGGGCCGCGUGCGGGCUCGAACGGCAGGUGCGGGCUCAGGCCGCGAGAUGGGUCCGGUGGAACCGGGGCCCCCGCAAGCGGAAGCGGAGCGAGCCAGCAGCUGCAUGCGGACAGCUCCUUCCCGACCAGCUGGUCUUGCUUCUGGAACAUCUCUUGGAGCAGAAGACCCUGAGUCACAGGACUCUGCGGAGUCUUGAGAGGACGUACCAGCUCUCUGAGCAGGAUGCGGAGGUGCGUCACCGGUGGUGCGAGCUGGUGGUGAAGCACAAGUACACACGUGCCUACAGAGACGUGGAGCGCUUCCUCCAGGAUGACCAGGCCAUGGGAAUUUACCUCUACGGGGAGUUGAUGGUGGGCGAGGACCCACGGCAGCAGCGUCUAGCUCACACGUGCUUCAAGCUGACCAGGGAGCGGAUGGACAGUGGCUCCGCCCAGGUGGUGACUGAAAUGUUGUUCUGAAGAGGUGACUGUUCUUUCCCUAUCUCCGUUGCUCUUCCUGAUCUGAGAUUCCCUGCGUGUGCUUGCCCAACCAUGAUUCCCACAGGCAGGUUUGGGGCACUGCCUGUGGGAGUUACAGGAGAACAUCUGAGGAGGUCUCGGUGUGGACAGGGCACGCUGCCAGCACCUCCACCCUGUUCUUGCUUCUCAAGCUCCCUGUGCAGCAGAUUUGUCCUCAGCAUGGCCCCUCUCUGGCUGCACGAGGGCCCCUCCUGACCAGGAAUGGCAUCCGCAUCCCCCCAGCACCUUCUCUGUUGACUGCUCGGACACGGCUGGGAGUUUGACGUUCUCGCAUUGUAUCUAAGAAGUUUUGAGGGUCAUACUUGGGGGUGCCACAUUGGGCCCUGUGCCGUGCCAGAUUGAACCAGCGUCCUAACUGCAGCCCUGUGCUGGCAAGCGUCUUCACCUCUGCCUGUCCCUCUGGCCCUUAGUACUUAGUUUCCACUUUUGACUGCAUGCAAGGCAAGCACCACUGAUUAUCACUCUAGCCCCAGCACCUAGUUUUAAAGAGUUGAAUUUUGCAUUUUAAAGGUAAUUUAACAGUGAAUGAUACAUAAACAUGUGUAAGUAGGACUAUGGGGUUAUAUUUAAGAAUAAUUUUUCCUCACGAUCAUUUUUUAGGGUUUUAUUUUUUAAGGUUUUGCACAGUCUGCCUAGUUUUGUAUCUUUUUUAUAGGUUACAGAUCUCUAGGAAGCAUUUCCAUGUCAUGUGACAUCUCUAUAAAUGCAUGUUUUUAUGUUCAUCCCUUAACCCACUGUUGAACACUUGUUUGCUUCUCAUGUCUUCAUCUUGCAAAGACCCCUGCCCUGGGACACAUCUAAGUGUCUUGUCUUGCCAGAACUCUUCUAGAGAGAAGGGAGAGCACUGGUCUGGCCCGUGCUGUGUCUCCUCUGGACGAGUGUGGGUUGCUGAGGAGAUGACGGGAAGCACCCUGUUUCUGCACUUGGACAUGGGGCAGAGUGCCCUCAACCUCAGGGUGGCCUCCUGAGCUUCCCACCCAGCCCUGCCCGAGGACCGUGUGGAUUGUCUGCCGGCUUCCCCUCAGCACGGCUGUCACUGCAUCUGACUCCGACCUGCAGGGACGCUGCGGGGGCCGUGGACGAGGCCAUGCUGCCGGCCGGGCUCCACCCGCGGCUCUGGCUGGCUGCUUGGGUUCCUGGCAUGCUGAUUUGUGACUUAAGAUGAAAAUCACAUUGCCAGGGAUUACCACGCAACCACGACCUUGGCGGCUCGUCACCGUGAGACGCCGCUGGGCCCCUCCCAGCACUCCCAGGCCUGCAUGGCGGUGACGACCUCUCUGGCGAGGUGCAGAGCUUAGCUGACUGGUGAACAGUGACUGGUUUCCACCUUGUUCACAGUGGCUAAGUUCUGCACCUGAAGAGAAGGUGAGAUGGGGCCGGUUAAUUAAGUGUGAGCUGCCAGAGGCCGCCGAGGGUGUGCUGGAGGACGAGGACCAUGCAGAGGCCCAAGGCCACAUGUUGAAAGCUGCAAAACUCAGUGUCCGUUUAAAGACCCGGGAGGCAGCCGGAAUAUGGGGCCUGGUGGGGCUGUGAGUGAGGUGCCGGCCCUGCUCCCAUUUUCUCUUGUAUUUGCAGCCUAGGUCUCCACUCCUCAUCUGGCUGUCGAUUGGACCCGCCCUCCGGUGCCUACUGAGCUGAUAUCAGUUCUCGUUUCACACACUGGCUCAGUUCAGCAGGAACAGGAGUCGAGCCCGAGAGCAAAACACCUUCCUGCUCGUCUGUGCUGGAGCCAGGAUUCACCGCAAGAGCCACGAGGCUGCAUCUGUAUGUCGUGUGUGUGUGUGUGGGAGCGGCACGGCUACAUUGCAUGGAAGGUGGCACAUGGCCAGCGCCACACAUGCAGGCACUGCUAAGUGCAGACCCCAGGGCCAGGCCUGGCCCUCCACGGCCCAUAUGGAGCCGAGGUACACGGAGCCUCUCCGUACAAGAGUUGUGGUAUCGUGACGGGGCAGUAAGUGCUGUCACUGUUUCCUUUGCAGGCAGAUCCCAGCGAGACCCUUUGAGUGUGCCCAGGACCACAGCAGGAUGAGGUCGGCGGGGACAGGGUUUGUGGGUGCCUUCUGCCAGCAGUGAUGCAUGCUCAGACCAAUCCAGGCGAACAGCCAUGAAUGUCACCCAGUCCCCUGCGAGAUGGAUCUCUUCUGUGAGGUUAAGGUUUAGGACGGUUCUUAUGCCUGAACAGAUGAUUAAAAUAGGAGGCAAAUGGAAAAACCCACUUAAGUGGCCCUCAGCACGUGGCCAGGUUGAUGCUCUUACUGGAGUCUGUCCUCUGGUGUCCACUGGCUCGCUUCAGAAAGAGGCCACAAAGUUUGCUGAUUUUAUAUUUUUAUUAUUUUGUUUGUUAGGCUUUUCCACUGGUGUCUUUGGUGAAAAUGCGAGAUGAGUGUUGAAAAUUUAUCAGUAAUAAAAUGCAGAGAAUUUGG